CCCGCCCUUCCCGCCGUGCCCCGGGCGCCAUGGCGGCGGCGCGGACCGGCGCGCUCUGCCUCUUCGACGUGGACGGGACCCUCACGGCGCCGCGGCAGAAAAUCACGGCGGAAAUGGCGGCGUUCCUGCAAAAGCUGCGCCAGAAGGUGAGAGUGGGCGUUGUAGGCGGCUCAGAUUUCGAGAAGAUCAAGGAGCAGCUUGGUGACGACGUGGUUGAAAAAUUUGACUACGUUUUUCCAGAAAACGGUCUUGUAGCAUACAAAGAUGGCAAAUUCUUGAGCAAGCAGAACAUUCAGGGUCACUUGGGUGAGGACAUACUUCAAGAUGUAAUCAAUUACUGCCUGAGUUACAUUGCAAAGAUUAAACUGCCAAAGAAAAGGGGUACUUUUAUUGAGUUCCGAAAUGGGAUGUUAAAUGUGUCCCCCAUUGGAAGAAGCUGCAGCCAGGAAGAACGCAUUGAGUUCUAUGAACUUGAUAAGAAGGAACACAUAAGAGAGAAAUUUGUAGCUGAUUUACAAAGAGAAUUUGCAGGAAAAGGCCUCACAUUUUCUAUAGGAGGCCAGAUAAGCUUUGACGUGUUUCCAGAUGGCUGGGAUAAGAGGUACUGCUUAGGAAUUGUUGCCAAAGAUGAAUACAGGACAAUUCAUUUCUUUGGAGAUAAGACUAUGCCAGGAGGGAAUGACUAUGAAAUUUUCACAGACUCCAGAACAGAAGGCCACAGCGUCACAUCACCACAAGAUACAAGAAAAAUCUGUGAAGAGCUGUUUUUUAAAUGAAAGACUCUCUCUCUUUUUUUCGUUUUUUGAUGUUACACUUACUUACAAAAUAGACAGCCUAGUAACUCAAAACAUCUUGCUUCAUUCUGUAUUAUCUUUCAUAAUUGGUGAUAAAUAGCAAGUACUUUGUGGAUCAGUCAUUACUAAAAGGAAGUGUUCUUUGUGAGCAGAACCUUCCUGAUAGGAUACAGCAGAGUUUGUUUGGGACCAUCCUUUCACAGUUUCCAUUGGCACAGGUACUUUGUUUUCCUUUGGGUGGGUUGUUUUUUGUGUCACCAGUCCAAAAGACUUUUAUGGUGUCUCAUCUAUUUUCCUGUGAAGUGUUACUUUGGGAACAGUGAUCCACUUUAACCAGAAACAUCUAGUUUUCUGAGAAGAUUAACUCAUUCCUCCUCUACCAUCAGCACAAGCUCCUUCAAUGUAGACUAACUACUAGCUUGGGCUAAAACUGAGGGUAUGUUGUACUUAAGAACAUAACAUAGUUUGACUGCUUACUUUUGUGUUUAAAUCUACAGAAGCCCUGGAAAUGAAAAAGUGAUAGCUUUAUUAAUGCAUAGUCUAAGAUAUGCUUGACAGUAUAAAAUGCUUUACAAUUCUGUAUAUGGAAAGAUGUAGAACUGUGGCUUUCAAUUCUGUUGUCCUUGGGUUUUUUUUUUCUUUUUUUUUGAAAAGUAACUAGUAGACUUCUGUGGUUUCUGUGGUUUCCUUAGCUAACUAAGCAUUUCGGAGGAGUGAGGGAUGCGGGGGAAUUCUGUCUAUAUGUGAUUUAUGGCUGUCUUACAAUUGGCCUGCAAUGUUUUAUGCCUAGUUUUUAUUUUAAAGCUUCUAUUUAAAGAUGAUGAAAGUUUUAGAGAAUUUUUGAAUAUACUUUGUGCUAAAAAUA